AAAUUAAUAUAUAAUAUUCGGUCUGCAUCUCCACCUUCACUCUUCUUCUUCUUCUAUGAACCUUCUCUCUUCUCUCUCUCUCUAGACACUCACAUUCAUUCUUUGCUUCACCCUUUUAAAUCACGAGAUCCCCAUCUCUUUCACUUUCCCUUCCAUGCCUUUGUUCAUAGUAUCUCAUCCUCCUCCCUUCGUCUCCUUCUCCACUCUUCGCCGUCUCCAUUAACGGCCAUUUGAAACCUUUAGCGGUAGUACCGAGAAACGUCCGUUAGAGUUUCCGUCCAUCAUUCACUGAUCUCGUUUUGAUUUUUUUCGUUAACCGGAAAACAAAAUAAAAAAAAUGUCACCGUCAGGUAAACCGGUCCCUCCCCGUGAUUCAUCAUUAACCUCCGAGAUUAAUAAACCGGAUUUUCGCGAGCUAGAUCUCGGUUCACCGGUUUCUCCGCUUCGUUCUCAGCCACGUGGACUCACCACAACCACAACAACUAGCAGCAGCAGCUCUAGCUCUUCCGGAUCUGUAACUAGACAACACGCUCCGGUUAACGGAAGAUCCGGUUCGGUUCGCGGUAGUAGUCAAUCCGGUUCGAGUAGUGGCAACCUGAGAACGAGUCAAGCAAGAUCGGACUCGGUUACUUCCAACUCACAACAACCACUCGUCUCCUCCUCCACUCAAAGCUCCGCCACUUCUCCAGCCACGGCGGCGAAUGUGCUUCCCACCGGAAACAUCUGCCCCUCCGGGAAGAUCCAACUCACCGGAAUGACGCAGAGCCGCUCCAGAAGCGACGUUCUCGGAUCCGGCACGGGAACGUACGGUCACGGCAGCAUAAUGCGCGGCGGAGGAGGAAGCGGCGUAUCUCCGGCGAAGCCUGUUGCUCCGGUGACCGUCGGUGGUUCUAUCAGAAGCAGUCCCGCCGCGAUGUUAGGUUCGGACGCAGAGGAAGUGAAGAGAGUAGGUAACGAGAUGUAUAGGAAAGGUUUGUUCGGCGAGGCUUUGAAGUUGUACGAUAGGGCGAUAGCUUUGUCGCCGGCGAACGCGGCUUACCGGAGCAACCGAGCCGCUGCGUUGACGGGUUUGGGUCGAGUCGGUGAAGCUGUGAAGGAGUGUGAAGAGGCUUUGAGAUUGGAUCCUAACUAUGGAAGAGCUCAUCAACGUUUGGCCUCAUUGCUUAUUAGAUUAGGACAGGUUGAUAAUGCGAGGAAGCAUCUAUGUGUUCUUGGGAAACCAUCAGAUCCUAUGGAGUUGCAGAAGCUUGAAGCUGUUGAGAAACAUAUAAGCAAAUGCGCAGAUGCAAGGAAGCUCGGUGAUUGGAAAGCUGCUUUGAUGGGAGUAGAUGCAGCUAUUGUUGCUGGAGCAGACUUUUCUCCACAGCUAGGUAUGUGUAAAGUAGAAGCACUCUUGAAACUUCACCGGCUUGAUGCUGCCCAAUCAAAGCUAUUAGAAGCUCUCAAAGUAGAGCCGUUUCCAGCAUCUUGUUCUCAGACUCGGUUCUCUGGUAUAGCCUGUGAAGCUUACACAUACUUUGUCAAAGCUCAAAUCGAGAUGGCUUUAGGUAGGUUUGAAAAUGCAGUGAUGGCUGCUGAGAAAGCUAGCAAAUUAGAUCCACGAAGCAACGAAGUUGCCAUGCUACACAACACUGUUACAUUGGUUGCUAGAUCUCGUGUUCGCGGUAACGAUCUCUACAAAUCAGAAAGAUACACUGAAGCAAGCUCAGCUUAUGCAGAAGGCCUUAGGCUUGAUCCAUGCAACGCUAUUCUAUAUUGUAACCGAGCAGCUUGUUGGUUUAAACUCGGAAUGUGGGAACGCUCUAUCGAAGAUUGUAACCACGCGCUGCGUUUUCAACCACGUUACACUAAGCCUCUUCUCCGUAGAGCUGCCUCAAAUAGCAAGGUGGAGAGAUGGGCAGCUGCAGUGAGUGAUUAUGAAGCGUUGAGAAAGGAACUCCCUCAUGAUAAGGAAGUUGCUGAGUCUUUGUUUCAUGCUCAAGUCGCGUUGAAGAAGUCUCGCGGAGAGGAAGUUUUGAAUAUGGAGUUCGGUGGUGAAGUUGAGGAAGUUUACAGCCGUGAACAGUUUAAAGCUGCCAUGAAUCUACCAGGAGUUUCGGUUAUUCAUUUCUCGACGGCCUCUGAUCAUCAAUGCAAGCAGUUAUCUCCGUUUGUGGACUCGUUAUGUACUCGCUAUCCUUCUAUACACUUCCUCAAGGUGGACAUAGAUAAAUGUCCGUCUAUAGGUAAUGCAGAGAACGUGAGGGUUGUACCGACAGUGAAGAUAUACAAGAAUGGUACUCGUGUAAAGGAGAUUGUCUGUCCAAGCAAAGAAGUGUUGGAGUACUCAGUGAGGCACUAUAGCAGUUAGUUAAUACACUCUUUUUCAAUCAUUACCCUCAAUAAUCCCACUUAACUUCAUUACCAGGGAACCUCAUUAGUGUAGAGUUUUCAGCUCUUUAUGAUUUGUUCAUUCAUUCCCCCCUCUUCAUUGCCCUGUGAUAUGUUCUUCUUCCAUUCAUUUUUCUCAGAUUGAGAUUGCAUUGGCUCCUCUUCUUCAGCCUUCACUUGUUUAGGUAUUGACAAGUGUUUACCGGUUGGAGAUUACUCUUGUGUACAUAAGAGAAGUUUGUAUGUGAGUGAAGCAGGGGGCUUUACUAAAAUGGGCAAAAGAGGAAGAUUUGGAUUCUUCAUUUUUUUUUUUCCCUUUGUUACUCUUAAGUGUAGUGAACCCAUCUUGUCAUUCCAGUUCUCCUCUUUGUCACAACAUUUUCAUCAAUAAAAAGAUAUAAUUUAUUCA